AUAAAUAGAAAGAAUUCACUGCAACCACAAACUUGUUUUUCGUAAUCAAGAAAAUGGUUAGCAGCUUCCCACCAAGUGCUGUGCCAAAUUGGAUGCACAAACUUAAAAAUGGUGCAUAUGUAUCCAAUAAAAUAUUGGAACGCUGCUUGCUAUCGUCCAUGUCAGAUGAUGAGGCCUCUCAAGCGGUAGAAGAUGCUAUAACGAAGGGUAUUUUAGUCCCAAAGGGAAAAGCUACGCGUGCCAAAGGAAAACGUAUUUCGCUUUGUUUCUCUCAGAAAAUUAGCGAACUAAAACCGGAUCCCUACUGCUUCGAGUGUCACUUUCCAGGGUCAGAGCCACUAAAGAAAUGUCUAUCCUGUGAUCGUUGCUUUCAUGCAGCCUGUCAGCGUAAAAAUCCACAUCGUCCUAACUACUCGGUGCCCUCGGACAAGGGACAACCACAUCGAUUCCCACUAAAUGAGUCUGAUAUGGAGGAUUCGUGCGACGAAGAAGAGGUGGAAACGCAGCCAACAUCCCUUGCUCAAGCAACGCCAACAGCACAAGCUGAUUCGUGCGGACUUGACUACAAUAGCAACAUCAAUGUCAUCCCUCCAGAUCCGCUGAAACGUGAAGCCGAUAGCUCCGAUGAUGUAUUCUUUGUUAGUGAGAAACCAGCUCGGCAGCGCAAACGCCGCAGCACAUUCAUCAAAAGCGAGGAGGCCCCAAAUGAGGCCACCGACGAACUAGAGCUGUGCACACCUUGCCGCCUGUUAAAGUUGGCCGAUCUGUUAAAUCCGCCACACGUAUCGAUCGAAGAGUUAAACUGCCUGCUGGGCUACAGCUGGCAAACUCACCACACUUGGUUGAAGAAGGAUGUGCGGAAGUAUAUGGCAAAGCAUUGGAGCGAGCCCGAUGCGACAAUUGUUAAGAGUGUGCUCUUUCAGAAGGACAUUUUGGGCCUGUCAGAUAUAUCUACAAAUAUUGAGUUGAAGAAGUACAAGCACUUGUCCGAGUUCCUCAUUGACCUGCUCGACUUACAGCAUAACACUGGCAUCUUCUUUGGCACCAACUGCGAGGAAUACAAUGCAACUAAAUGGCUUCUGCGCGACAUUACACACGAUAUACGUGAAAUACGCCGCUGCUCCGAUUGCUAUCGCUAUUCAAACGAAUCGGAUCGAUCCCCAUUCUGGUUCGCCAAGCCCUGCACGCAGCGUCACGAGCUCGUCUAUGCCAAGCAAUGUGGAUCGCCUCACUGGCCGGCUAAAGUUAUACGCGUGAUUUCUAAGAGGACCGAUAUCUACGAUGUGCGAUAUUUCGGGGGCACCCAUUCGCGUGCCUUGGUGUCUGCGCGGGAUAUACUCCCAAUAGAUGCGGACAUUUCGCAGCUGAACACCAAGUGGAAGAGCACGCGUACGUUUAACCUGGCACUGCGUGAACUCAGGUGUCACAUGAUGUUGUUGCAUCAGCCGAUGUAUUUGUUUAACUUCUAUGCGGAUCCUCGUGAAGCUGAAGAGCUUAUUAACCGUGCACUACCCCAUUGCAUGGAGCCGGCUGAUGUGAAUGUCUCGGCUAAGCGUUCACGUGCUGGCACGCCAGCAUCGGCCAAGAAACGCAAAAUAACAUCCGCAACUAUAUCACCAUUAACAUCCAAACGCAUACAGCCCACGCGACGCUGUUCCAUGAUCGUUAGGUCGGAAGCAUUUCGAGAAAUGUCAUUGCAUAUAGCCCAGUCUUUGCCAUCGCUUGGUAUGAGAGAACCUUUUGUUGGCUAUCAAGCGAUGCUCCAAGAAGUUUUGUUCCUAAAUGAGGAACUGACACGCAGCAAGACUGAACUAGAGAACAUGAAGGAGGAGCUGAAGACAGUGAAGCGCAAAAGAUGGUGUCAGCACUGUUUGCAGGAAGCAGAAUUUGAUUGCUGCUUCACUGCGUCCUAUUGCAGCGAUGAAUGCAAAAGACGCGAUAAACGGCGUCACCAGGGCACAUGCAGCCUACAAUCAAAGUCCUAAUGCGAAUAUUGUUUCUUAUAAGUAUAAGCUAAAUC